UUUUUAUAUAUUUUCCGGGCAAGCGGCUUCGUAUUCCAAGGAAAGAUGAAAAUGUGAAAAGGAGCUGCAAUAAGAACGGGCUCUAUCAAAGCACUGGCCGCGCUGGGCUCUUUGGUUGGUACGAGUGUCAUUUGAACGAUGGCAAUAGAUGAGCUCGCCCUGAGCUGCGCUGCCAGCGGCACUUCAUGGGUAGCUUUACAUGGCGAAGACCCUGAUCCCACCCCACCUCCCCUCCCCUUCGUGGGAGCCGUGCGGCAUUGCAGGGGUGGGCUCCGAUGUGGGGAAAAAACCAAUGUCCAUUAGAGGACUGGCCUUGGGGUAUCCCCCCGCGGCUUCCCCAGGAUCGUCGGUGCCGGGCUGGGCGUGAAGAACCUCCCCGUGAACAGCUCGAACGCGCGGUACCCUAGGGCAAAUUGCAGCAGAGAGCUCCAUCUGGCGCUGCUGCGGCCGGGACGGGUUUCUGGCCAUCUGCCCAUCCCCCCAAACUUCCAGUUUUGUCCAAGCCGGCCCAGUGGAGUCACUUUUUGACAAUUUUGGUAAAUGCUUCAUGUCUAGUUCUCGGUUUCAGGCUGAGGCGCCCUCAGAGAGGGUGGAAAACCCUGCAAGAGCGGUACUGGACGGAGAUGCGGGCACAAUGACUGAGCAGCAAAGUCCCCCCGAGCAGAUGGCGACUGGGGAGGGUGCUGGCGAGCGAGUUGGCAAUUACAAGAUCACGAUCUACGAGCUGGAGAAUUUCCAGGGGAAAAAGUGCGAGCUGACGGAGGAGCUCCCCAGCAUCACCGAGAAAGAGCUGGAGAAGGUGGGCUCCAUCCAGGUGGAGUCUGGCCCGUGGCUGGGCUUCGAGCGGCAAGCCUUCGCCGGGGAGCAGUUCGUCCUGGAGAAGGGGGACUACCCGCGCUGGGACUCCUGGUCCAACAGCCACAACAGUGACAGCCUCAUGUCCCUCCGCCCCCUCCAGAUCGACAGCCCCGACCACAAGAUCCACCUCUUUGAGAACGUGGGCUACACCGGGCGGAAGAUGGAGAUCGUGGACGAUGAUGUCCCCAGCCUCUGGGCCCACGGCUUCCAGGACCGCGUGGCCAGCGUCAGGGCCCUGAAUGGAACGUGGGUGGGCUACGAGUACCCCGGCUACCGGGGCCGCCAGCACGUCUUCGAGAAGGGCGAGUACCGCCACUGGAACGAGUGGGACGCCAACCAGCCCCUCAUCCAGUCCGUGCGCCGUGUGCGGGACAUGCAGUGGCACCAGCGGGGCUGCUUCGAGAACAGCUGAAGGACACCCCAGCCCCGCGCUGCCCCCGCUGCCGGGGGGGGGCUGACA